AUGGCAUCCACCACAAAGUACCAGGCAGCGCCGACGCGCGACUCAUUCGAGGAGCAGAGCUACAGCCAGCCCNCUCCAUCUUACCAGGCAGAAGCCUCCGCCGUUCCUGGAGUUCCUAGAGACGAAGACGACAAUGUCCCCGAUGACUUCAAGGUAUGCCGUGUCGCUUGCCACAUACAGAAGAUUCGUUCACUAACACCCUACAGUNUCGGUGGCUCCGUCUCGGAAGCAACUCUCGACAUUCGUAUGCAAUUCGUGCGCAAGGUCUACUCCAUCCUGACCGUCCAACUUCUCGCGACCGCCGCUCUCUCUUCCGUCUCGUUCUUCAGCCCCGGCUACAAAUCAUGGAUCCAGACCAACCAGUGGGCCAUGUGGACUUCGCUCUUUGGUGCCAUCGGAUUCAUGCUCUUGACCUUCUGGAAGCGCAAGUCGUACCCUACCAAUCUACUCUUCCUUGCUGGUUUCACCGCAAUGGAGGCAUACUCGAUCAGUGUUGUCACGUCCUUCUUUGAUAGCAAGAUCGUGCUUGAGGCGCUCAUCUUCACUCUUGGUAUCUUUGUCGCACUCACCCUCUUCGCCUGCCAGACCAAGUAUGACUUUACUAGCUGGAUACCCUAUCUUGCUGGUGCUCUCUGGGUUGUAAUCAUCUUCGGCUUCAUGGCAGCCUUCUUCCCUCACACCAGCACCAUCGAGUUGGGUUACGGCAUUGUUUGUGCACUCAUUUUCAGUGGCUACAUCCUGGUUGACACGCAGCUCAUCAUGAGACACUACCAUGUCGAGGAGGAGAUUGCAGCUUCCAUCUCGCUCUACCUUGAUAUCAUCAACCUGUUCCUGGCCAUCCUCAGAAUUUUGAACAGCCAGCAGAACAACUAG